CCUCGGAGCGUCGUAUACCACGAGCACAACCAGCUACCAGUUCACAGAAGUGUCACCCGGCUCAUUCGCCUCAUCAUAUUAACCGGCGAAAAAAUACUGAACCUUUGUAUUAAGGCUUCCGGGAGUAAAUAUGGACGAACCAUUGGAACAAAUGAACCCUCUCUUGAGAACAGGUCUAGAUGAGGAGGCAUUAGUUGACCAUGGACAAACUCGCUUCACCACUCACACAAACUACGAAACGGAAGAUUUGGAAAGCCACAGAGCAGUGUAUGUAGGUGUCCAUGUUCCUCUUGGAAGGGAGAGCAGACACAGGCAUCGUCACCGAGGACACAAACACCACAGAAAGAAGAAAGAAAAAGACUGCGAGGAAGGGAAGGACGAUGGAACCGAGUCCUCUUAUGAUUACACACCAUCCCAGCGGGUCCAGUUCAUCCUGGGUACAGUUGACGAUGACCUGGAGCACGUCCCUCAUGAUCUCUUUACUGAGCUGGAUGAGCUUUCCUUCAGAGACGGCAGCACCACUGAAUGGAGGGAGACUGCCAGGUGGUUGAAGUUUGAAGAGGAUGUAGAAGAUGGAGGGGAGAGGUGGAGUAAACCCUACGUUGCUACGCUGUCACUACACAGCUUAUUUGAGCUGCGGAGCUUCAUACUCAAUGGCACAGUCAUGCUGGAUAUGAGGGCCAACAGUAUUGAGGAAAUUGCAGACAUGGUGAUAGACAGCAUGGUGGCAUCAGGCCAGCUGAAGGAGGAGUUGCGCUACAAGGUACGGGAAGCCAUGCUGAAGAAACACCACCACCAGAACGAGAGAAAGCUCAGCAAUCGCAUCCCUCUGGUGCGCUCCAUCGCUGACAUAGGCAAGAAACACUCUGACCCACUCUUGCUUGAAAGAAACGGACAAAUGGCGUCGCCGAACUCUGUCCCCAACAACCUGGGCGGCAACAAGCCAGUGGAGAGGAGGCCGUCCAAAGUAGGGGUGGACAUGAAUUUCAUGAAAAAGAUCCCUCCUGGGGCUGAAGCUUCCAAUGUGCUGGUGGGAGAAGUGGACUUCCUGAAGAAGCCCAUAAUUGCCUUUGUAAGGCUGUCCCCUGCAGUCCUUAUCACAGGCCUCACAGAGGUCCCUGUGCCCACGAGGUUUCUUUUCCUGCUUUUGGGUCCUCAUGGCAAACGGUCACAGUACCAUGAGAUUGGGAGAUCGAUUGCAACAUUAUUGACAGAUGAGAUUUUCCAGGAUGUGGCGUACAAAGCCAAAGAUCGAACAGAUCUCCUCUCGGGGAUCGAUGAAUUCCUCGAUCAAGUGACUGUCCUUCCUCCUGGAGAAUGGGACCCCACAAUCCGCAUUGAGCCUCCAAAGAAUGUCCCGUCUCAGCUAAAGAGGAAGAGACCGUCCCAGCCCAAUGGCACUGCGUCUCCAGCAGGGGAGCUGGAACAAGAGGAGGACCAUAAUGCAGGGCCUGAGCUGCAGAGGACCGGGAGCAUAUUUGGAGGUCUGAUCCUGGACAUCAAGCGGAAGCUGCCGUUCUACUGGAGCGACAUCAGGGACUCGUUCAGCCUGCAGUGUCUCGCCUCCGUUCUGUUCCUCUACUGCGCCUGCAUGUCCCCCGUCAUCACAUUUGGAGGUCUGCUCGGAGAAGCAACAAAGAACAACAUAAGUGCAAUAGAGUCUCUGUUUGGGGCCUCAAUGACAGGAGUGGCGUACUCCGUCUUUGCAGGCCAGCCUCUCACAAUUCUUGGCAGCACAGGUCCUGUGUUAGUGUUCGAGAAGAUCCUUUUCAAGUUCUGCAGUGACUACGGCCUGGCUUACCUGCCGCUGCGUACCAGCAUCGGUCUGUGGACGGCCUUUCUAUGUGUGAUCUUGGUGGCCACAGAUGCCAGCUCCCUGGUCUGCUACAUCACCCGGUUCACAGAGGAGGCCUUCGCUGCACUCAUCUGCAUCAUCUUCAUCUACGAGGCUCUGGAGAAGCUCUUUCACCUCGGGGAACACUUCCCUGUCAACAUGCACAACGACUUGGACAACCUUACGCUAUAUUCGUGUCAUUGCUCUCCACCAGUCAAUGCCUCAGAAGAGCUGGUACAGGUGUGGAACAAGACAGGAUAUACCCCUGACUCAGUUCCAUGGAGCAGCCUCAAUGUUUCAAUGUGCAAUAUGCUGAAAGGCGACUUUAUGGGUGAGGCAUGCGGCCAUCAUGGGCCCUACAUCCCGGAUGUCCUCUUCUGGUCCAUCAUCCUCUUCUUCACCACCUUCUUCCUGUCCUCUUUCCUUAAGCAGUUCAAGACGGAGAGAUAUUUCCCCACCAAGGUGAGAUCCACCAUCAGUGACUUUGCUGUGUUCAUAACCAUCAUGAUUAUGGUGGGAGUGGAUUAUCUAAUGGGGAUCCCCUCUCCUAAACUUGAUGUCCCCGACCGCUUUGAGCCAACCUCAAAGAACCGCGGCUGGCUGAUAGGUCCAUUAGGAAGCAACCCCUGGUGGACGCUGCUGGUGGCAGCACUUCCUGCUCUGCUAUGCACCAUCCUCAUCUUUAUGGACCAGCAGAUCACUGCAGUCAUCAUCAACCGCAAGGAGCACAAGCUGAAGAAAGGCUGUGGCUAUCACCUGGACCUUCUGGUAGUGGCAAUAAUGCUGGGUGUGUGCUCCAUCAUGGGCCUGCCGUGGUUCGUGGCAGCAACCGUCCUCUCCAUCUCCCACGUCAACAGCCUGAAAGUGGAGUCCGGCUGCUCCGCUCCCGGAGAACAGCCCAAGUUUCUCGGCAUCCGGGAACAGCGGGUCACUGGAUUCAUGAUCUUUGUCCUGAUGGGUUGUUCUGUUUUCAUGACCUCAGCGCUCAAGUUCAUUCCUAUGCCGGUCCUGUACGGAGUCUUUCUCUACAUGGGUGUCUCUUCCCUCAAAGGCAUUCAAUUCUUUGACAGGCUCAAGCUGUUCGGCAUGCCCUCCAAGCACCAGCCGGACUUGAUCUACCUGCGCUACGUGCCCCUGUGGAAGGUCCACAUGUUCACCCUGGUGCAGCUCACCUGUUUGGUUCUGCUUUGGGUCAUCAAGGCCUCUGCAGCCGCUGUCGUGUUCCCAAUGAUGGUUCUGGCGCUGGUUUUCAUCCGGAAGCUUCUGGACUUUUUCUUCACAAAGAGAGAGCUGAGCUGGCUAGAUGAUUUGAUGCCAGAGAGCAAGAAGAAGAAAGAGGACGACAAGAAAAAGAAGGCACAGGAAAAGCUGGUAAAGGAACAGCAAUCCAGACUAAAGGAGGAAGGGCUGGAACUUGAGGUCAGCUAUGAAAGCAGGAACCUGCUCAACAUCCCGGUGAAAACACUCUCAGGGAGUUCUGAGUCUGACCCCUCGGUUGUAAAUAUCUCUGAUGAAAUGGCCAAAACCGCAGUGUGGAAAGCGGUGAACUCAUGUGCCCAACCCGAGAAACGUAGCAGAAGCAGCCAGGAGAAGGUGGCGUGCGUUAGAGUGGACAUCAGCCCGGACACACCAGGAGGAGGCUCUGCCGCCGAGGCCUUCCUGUGAGCCCCCCCACCCCACCCCACCCCCAUCUCCUGACACCUCCUCCCUACACUACACUCUACCCCCGCUGACAGGUCGUCAUCUUGGUGGUAAAGUGGGGGUGUUUAACUGCUGCAGCGUGCUCUGCUUCAGGGGCAGCAGGCGAGCCCCCCCCACACACUCCAGGUCGUUGAGUCCUCCUCCACACGAGUCAUGAGGUGCGCAGACGGUGUUCUGCAGAGGUCUCAGAGGAAUGAAGGAAAUCUGCUGUCACUGCCCACCGACACUCACUGUUUAGGAACUCUAGAAAACAUGUCACCCAUGGAAACAACAGAUGCCAAAGGAACAGGCCUCACUGGUGGGGAUCUUGGACUGCGUGAAUCAAAUUUUAACCUACUGUAUGUUUUAAUUUAAUUUCACUGUUAAUGUUUUAGCUGAUCCCAGUUUUGUUCUUGGUCGCUCACGUUAGAUGAAAGCCAUACAGGUUCUGUCAGUGCCAGUGGAUUAUAGUUCAUACUUAAUCUGGUACUGUUGAUGACACAACCAAAACAGAGGUACAUACAGAUUACACAACACUACACUACUACAUGUAGUCCUUCAUGAAUCAUCUCCUGUCUGUAAGAGGGGAAGGGCACUCAGUAUUGAUAUGUUGCUCAUACGUUUGUCAGUUCUUUUCACUGUAAAUCUCACUGUUCUUAUCGUUGUUAUAGAGAUAUGAGUAUACAUGUAUGUAAGUAUAUAAACUGUGUUAUAUUCAUUUGUAACAUUGUAGAAAACCUACGUCAGAGGCCAUAUAAAGUCUGUACUGUACAGGAAGCACUUUGCCAGUAUAGUUUCUUACCUAAAACAGAUUGUAGUGUGUUCAUGGAUAAAAAAACUUCUCACUCCAUAGAAGUAUAGUUCAAGGGUCAGUUCAACAACUCAGGAAUCUGGAAUGAUUUCUGAGCAUUGUCACUUGAUAUUUUUGUCCAGAGGUGGCAAUGAAGAACCGCCCGCUGUAUUCCUCUCAUCGCUGGUAUCACAACUAUUUUAAUAAACGCUGUAAAUCAUCAAACAUAGUGAGGCGCAGAGGAAAAAAAAACAAGCAGUUGUGAUACCAGUUUGUUGCACCUGUUUUUAUACGGUCUGUAUUAUUGUUGGUAUUAGUGUGUCUGUGUGUGUGGUGUAGAGAUAAAUCUGUACGUUUAGCGCUGCAAAUCGUUUUAUGCAAAAUAUUUCUACAGUAAAUGUAAAAAAAAAAAAACUCUAAUAUUCUAUGAAGUUGUUCUUAUUUUGCUAUGUGCCGUCGUGUUUUAGCAAUAAGUAUCCCAUACUGUGCAGCGUAUGGACUUUGUGAGCGUGGUACAUGAUCAUUUGUGCGAUGAUUUAUGUGUCUGUUUCAUCGGCUCUGUCUGUGCGUAGCUGCAGUGACAAAUACGGACAUUAGCUUACGUGCCUUGUCGAAGCUCUUUAUGUGCAAGUCUUGUACUCAUGAUUGAUAUUUUCAGAACACGGUUGACGGUGGCACGCAAACGCCAAAGACAGUCAUUACUACGAGAGUGAAGCAGAACACGGCUCACUGUUUGGUGUAGUGUUAUUCCACGUUUGUGUGAAAGUGGAGGAUUCCUUUUUCAUUGCGAAUGUAACUCUGAAAACAGUGUGUGUGUCCUUUACUGUCAUCGCCUCACACAGUUCUGUAAUCAUUAUUGAGGAACUGUUUUUGAAUGAUCGGUGAAUGUCAAAUGAUUCUACCAUCAAAAGAAAAAUGGAAGCAGUAUGGAGGAGGAUAAGGGCUGCUGAUGAAAGAAAUGAAGGGCAGGCGAGUGAGCAAAAUAUAAAUACAUUUAAGGUGUAAUAUUUAUUUUUUAAUUCUUAAUAUAAAGUCCAUUAAAUUAACUUCAUUAAUUAGCUUUUAUUAGAUUAAAGAAUUCUGAAAAAAGUCUGAAUUCUAAGAUUAAAGUCACAUUUAUGAAAAAAAAUUCAAGAUUAUUUGGAAAAACAAUAUCAGAAUUUUUUCUCCAAAUAAAAAAUAAAAAAAUAGUUUUUUGCUCACCCGUCUUUCAGAAACAUUUUUUUUUAGGUGGCCCUAAUCCUCUUCCGCUGAAGCAGUGUUUGACUUGUAGAAACAUUUUUUCCCUCCACACAUGGACCAUCUGAUUUUUUUUUUUAACUUGAGUUAAAAAAAUACUUACUUCACUACAAACUAAAUCAACUUCCUUUACUUUCAUAUUUCUAGAGUUUAUUUUGAAAAAUGCCUGAUUUUAUUUUCACAUUUCAGCUUAAAAAGUUCAGCUCUUAAAGGUGGAUUUCAACAACAAAGAAGGUGAAGACUCUUUACCAUCACUUAAGUUAUUAUUCGUGAUGUACAGACACGUAACAUCAACGAAGCACACUGGAUCCUUGUGAAUGAUGACUUUUUCUGUCAUGGCCGAUUUGGUGCAAAGCAAUAAAAGUGAAUAUAUGGUGA